AUGGAAGAAGUCGAUUUACAAACUAGAACAAUCAAUAUAAGCUAUAUAAACUAUUUUCUAGUAUCAACUGCUAAAUUAUCGUCAUUAUAUUACUAUCGAACAAAUAUUAACGAAAUAUUUAAAGAAUUUCGUCAAACAUAUCCAACUGAAGAAUGUGAAAAAGCAUUUCAUCUACAAAAAUAUUUAAAUCAAUAUUUGAAAAUUGAAAAAGUUCUAGCUGGAUUUUUUAAGACUAUCUUUUCAUUUUAUACUUCAUUUCCAUUUGUAUUGUCGGUAUUGGAAUUGAUUAAAAAUGGUAGAUUUGGUUUUAUAACUCCAUGCAUGUUGUGGUAUGGUAUUGAAUCUCCGAAGGAUAACUACUUUCUUUAUGUGUUGUAUUACUUUUCACAAUCACAUGCAAGUUGUGUUGCAGCUACGACAAUUUUAGGUUUGGAUUUGUGUCUCUUCAGUUCAUUGUUACAACUUUGUAUGCAUUUCGAUAUUGUUAGUAAAAAUAUUUUAUUGAUUGAGCCUGAUGAAAAAGCGACAGUAAAAUUGAAGGAACAAAUUGUUUAUCAUCAGAGACUUUUAAGGCUAGCAGAAAAGUUAAAUGUUGUGUUUACACCUUCAGUACUAUUCAGUCUUCUAUCAUCAUCCUUGAUAAUUUGUUUUGCUGGAUUUCAAUUGCUUGGUGACUUGUCAUUAUUCAUCAUUACUAAAUCAGUUAUUUUAUUAGCUUAUGAAUUGAAACAAGUUGCCAUCACAUGUUUUUUGGGUGACAAAUUGAUUGAAAUUAGCCAACAAAUUAGUAAUUCAAUGUAUGCCCACAAAUGGUAUCUGGGAACACCAAAAUACAGGGAAAUAGUUUUGAUGGUUUUAAUGCGAUCUCAAAAAAGUGUUGGUCUUCGUAUAGGCGGUAUUUCAGAUAUAUCACUUCAAACUUUUCGAAAUGUUAUGAGUAUUUCAUAUCAAGUGUUUACACUUCUUAAAGCCGGAUAAACAAACUUAAAAACGAGGUGUGUGUGAUGGACAGUCGCAAGGCCAUUACAUAAAUUUGAUGAAAACUAUCAAAUUGUUUGAUUUGAUAAUCGUAAAGUUGAAUUCGAUUUAAAUCUAUAAAAAAAUUAAUGAUUAAAAAAUACAAAAAAUAGAUACCAUAUUUAAUGAAUUGAUGAUUUUAUUAAAUAUAUAAAAAACAUAA